GGACGCUUCCCCGUUCCGUCGCGCUGCCCGGACGUGUCUGAAGCGUGCUGUGGAUCUGUCUACAACAUGGAAACUCAGAAUUCCAGUUUAACCUGUGUCAUCUGCCUGGAGUGUUUCAACUACCCAGUAACCAUCCCCUGUGGUCACACUUUCUGUAAAGACUGCAUCAGCAUGUACUGGGACACCAAGAGCAAGUCCAACAUCGGCCCCCAGUGUCCCUUCUGCAACGAGCAGUUCAGCACCAGGCCCAGUCUGAACCGCAACACGUCCCUGUCGGUCCUCAGCGAGGCUGCACACAGCUCUGCCUCGUCCUGCAGACAGCCUGAGGUGAGGGCAGGCGAGGGGCUGACGGCCACGCUGCUGUGCCCUCGACAUAAAAAGCCUUUCGUUUAUUACUGCAGGCAGGACAAAAUGCCUGUGUGCUGCCAGUGUGGCAUCGCAGAGUGCAAACACCACGAGACGGUCCUGUUGGACACACAGAGGGACAGUCAGGAGCUGCUGCUGCAAAGAAACAGUGAAGAAGUGGAGAAACUGCUUGAAGACACACAGAGAAGUAUCAGUGAGCUGACUGACAAUAUCAACCAAGCUCAG